AUGUCGCUGGGGGCGGUGUCUUUCACGCACAUCGUGAAGGCGGGGGAGCCGGCGCUGACGGCGCUGCUGUCGCUGCUGCUGCUGCAGCAGCGGUUUGCUGCUGCGAGCUACCUGGCGCUGCUGCCCGUCGUCGGCGGCGUCGCGCUCGCCUCCUGCACGCAGGUGGACUUCAGCUGGGCCUCCUUUUGCUGCGCCAUGCUCAGCAACUUGGGCAGCAGCGGCAGGGCCAUCUUGGCCAAGAAGGUCUUUGCAAACGCUGCUGCUGUCGGCUGCGACUUGAGCCCGCCCAACCUGUACGCGCUGCUCACCGUCGUCGCCUCUGCUGCUGCGCUGCCCCUCGGGGGCCCCGGGGCCCCCGCCGUCCUCCUCAAGCUGACCCAGAGCGCCGUUUGGUACUACUUGUACAACGAAGUCGCCUACCUUUGUUUGCAAAAGCUCAACCCCGUGACGCAUGCAGUUGCGAACACUUUGAAGCGCGUCUUCAUCAUCGUCGCUGCUGUCCUCGUCUUCAGGACUCCCCUGACGCCCUUGGGAGCGGCCGGCAGCGUCUUGGCCAUCCUCGGCAGCUGCUGCUGCUGCUGCAGCGGCAGCAGUGCUGCUGCUGCUGCUCUUCUCGUCUUCCAAACUCCCCGGGCUCCUCUGGCGGAGCGGCGCGGCGCGGUUCGCCCAUCACCGGUCCUCUCCUCUCUGCUGCUGCUGCUGCUGUUCGCGUCUUCCAAACGCCGCUAA